UAACAACAAUCGCGCACUCACACGCAACAGUGAAAAGGCCUCUAAAGCUUGGAUUGAUAGCAUAAACAAUCCAUUGCCGUCCCUUUUAGCUUCCCCCCCCCACCCUCUCUCUCUCUCUCUCUCUCUCUCUCACUCUUCACAGGCUCUCCAGGCAAUUAUCACCCCAUCGGCGCCGACUUUCUUCCUUUCUUGCUUCCCCCGUUUCCCCUCCUUUUCUGCCUGCAGCACCACACCCACCGCGCAGAUUUGCCGUGAUUUUUCCUCUUGGGGUUUCUUUUCUUGGCCCAAAGAUCCCGUCUUUGUGCAAUGCGAGUCGAGAUUCCGGGAAGUGGUCUUCUGGGUCUCGAGCUUUAGGCCUCUGGGGUUGUUGGGGUUGGGUCUUCGAUCUGAUAGGGAGAGAGAGAGAUUCUUGGGGUGGCCUGUUUGAGGGUAAAAAGGGGGAGGACGAGAGAUGGUGGUUAGGAAUCUGGUGCUGGUGAUGCUCUGCGUCACGGUGGUUGCUCCGAUUGUUCUCUACACUCAUCGGAUUGGAACCUUCAAGUCCGCUUCCUCGAGAAACGAGUACCUAGAAGAAGUUACAGCUUUUACGUUGAAUGGUGAUUCUAGGCACUUAAAUGUGCUCCCCCAGGAAUCAUCAACCACCCUUAAAGAACCUGUUGGAGUGGUUUACACUGAGAACUCAACCAAAGAUGUGAAGUUGGUGGAUUAUAAAUCUGCUCGAGUCCUUUCGGCCACAGUAGAUGAGAAUCGGUCUCAGAGAAAAAAUCCCAUCAAACAGGUGACUGAUGGAGCUCGGAAAGAGGAUCAUAAUGGGAUAUUGAGGACAUCAGACACUGGACACGAAGAUAAAGGAGGGAGAGAGAGGAAAACUGCUAAAUCCUCCAGCCGUGUAACGGAGGGUGCCACCGGAAACGGGGGGCUUUUGGUUGAGGACCAAAGCACUAAAUCAUCUGGAACUAGCAAGGAAAAAGAACCCGAGAAACAGAACGAACCUGCGCUUCUUUCUGAUGCCCGUGUUCGUCAACUCAAAGACCAGCUCAUCAGGGCUAAGGUCUACCUAUCCCUUCCAUCCACCAGGAACAACCCUCACUUUGUUAGGGAACUCCGGCUCCGCAUCAAAGAAGUUCAGCGCAUACUAGGUGCAGCGAGUAAAGACUCGGAACUGCCAAAGAGCUCCUAUGACAAGUUAAAGGCGAUGGAGCAAACUCUUGCGAAGGGUAAACUGAUUCAAGAUGAUUGCGCUGCUAUCAUGAAGAAACUCAGGGCGAUGCUCCACUCAACAGAAGAGCAGCUUCGCGUGCACAGGAAGCAGACUCUGUUCUUGACCCAGUUGACUGCAAAAACCAUUCCUAAGGGUCUCCACUGCCUCCCCUUGCGCCUCACUUCUGAGUAUUACACACUGAACUCCUCUCAACAGCAGUUCCCGAAUCAAGAGAAGUUAGAGGACCCGAGCUUGUUUCAUUACGCGCUUUUCUCAGAUAAUGUCUUGGCAGCUGCUGUUGUGGUGAACUCCACUAUUAGCAAUGCAAAGGACCCCGAGAAGCAUGUUUUCCACAUUGUUACGGACAGGCUCAAUUAUGCAGCAAUGAGAAUGUGGUUUUUGGUGAACCCUCUGGGAAAAGCCGCUGUUCAGGUUCAGAACAUCCAAGAGUUUACAUGGUUAAAUGCGAGUUACAGUCCAGUGCUGAAGCAGUUGGGCUCCGCGUCCAUGAUAGACUAUUACUUUAGGACCCACCGGGCCAGUUCCGACUCAAACCUCAAGUUCCGGAACCCCAAGUAUUUGUCCAUUCUGAACCAUCUGCGGUUUUACCUUCCUGAGGUCUUCCCCAAGCUGAACAAGGUGCUGUUCUUGGACGAUGAUAUAGUUGUGCAGAAGGACCUGAGCGCGCUUUGGUCAAUUAAUCUGAAAGGGAACGUUAUUGGUGUUGUGGAGACUUGUGGGGAGAGCUUCCACCGCUUUGAUCGGUACCUCAACUUCUCGAAUCCUUUGAUUGCGAAGAAUUUCAACGCGCGAGCUUGUGGGUGGGCUUAUGGGAUGAACAUCUUUGACUUGAAUGAGUGGAGGAGGCAGAACAUCACGGAGAUAUACCACAAGUGGCAAGAACUGAAUCACGGUAGGCUCUUGUGGAAGUUGGGGACGCUGCCUCCUGGGCUUAUCACUUAUUGGAAACGCACAUUCUCCCUCGAUCGGUCAUGGCAUGUGCUGGGUUUGGGCUAUAAUCCCAGCGUCAGUCAGAAAGAUAUCGAACGGGCAGCGGUGAUUCAUUACAAUGGGAACAUGAAACCUUGGCUCGAAAUCGGCAUCCCCAAGUACCGCAAUUACUGGGCCAAGUACGUUGACUACGAUCAAGCCUAUCUUCGGGAGUGCAACAUCAACCCGUGAAUGCAGCCACUGAGAAUCGAAGCAUCAAUGUGGGCACGCUGUCUUUAUAACAGGUCUGCAUCCCAAUCCGUGUAGAUCCCUUUUUUUUUUUUUUUUUCUUUUCUUCUGAUCAGAGUUAAAAACGAGAGAAGAAUGAAUCUUCUUAGGUAAAAUUCUUUCUGUAUUCAUUUUUGGUUAGUCUCUUGUCGGGUUUCAUUUUUGGGCUAUAGAAGUCACAGUUUGCCACGAGGAAUUCAUUGUAUCGAACUUGGGCAUCCCUCUGGUUUAGCUCUCUCUCUCUCUGACAAAUUGCGGGUGAAUUUGUAAAUGGGUGAAGCUAGAUUUUGCCUGCAAUGUAUGGAUUGUGUAUCGAAGCCGUCCCGACCAUUUGUAGUUCACAUUCUUCUCUCAA